AUGCAGCACCGUCUGCAUGUGCAAAUCUCUGUAGCAGAUGGUCUUCUAAAUAGCAGCACGAAUGGUCGAGUCGUGCUGUUGCUCGCCCCCGCCGGAACCGAUCCUCUCGAAGAUACGGAUGUCACAUCGUCACCAAACUUCUUCUUCGGCAGAAAUGUCUACCACUUCGGCGCUGGCGACCAGCUCUCACUGUCGGGCGGGAGCGGAAAGCAUACGAGCUCCGGAGUCUUUGGCUGGCCCAAUGUCAGCAUGGAUGAAGUGCCGGCGGGUGACUACACUGUGCAGGCCUUUCUGAACCCAUACGAAGCCGUGACCCGCAGCGAUGGAUCGGUGGUCAGCCUCCCAUUUCCUUGCGGCGACGGAGCCCCGAUGCUUGCUGGCUUUGGCAGUCUGACGACGCCGGCCACCAAUGUCACCGUUUCGGGCAGCCCACAGACCAUCGGUUUGAACUUCACUGCAGUGGUCCCCGUCGACCCGUUCCGGGGAACCGAGAUUGGUGGCUGCUCGCAAGGCAACUACGCCGACACGGAAACUUUGAAACACGUCAAAAUUCGAAGUUCGGUGCUCAGCGAGUUCUGGAAUCGAGAUAUCUAUGUCGGCGCCAAUGUCAGGCUGCCACAUGGCUACAACGCCACCGACACUGCUACCCGCUAUCCCGUCAUCUACUCACAAGACCACUGGGCCGGCGGAGACUCGGCGUUCGCAUACUACCAAGGCGGAAGCUGGAUGCAAGCCUGGGACAGCGGUAUCAUCCCAGGGGCAAAUGGCACUGCCGAUCGCGAGACGCCCAAAUUGAUCCUCGUCACCUUCCGCCACGAGGCGCCCUACUACGACGACUCUUACGCUGUCAACACCGCCAAUCUGGGCCCGUAUGGAGAUGCGAUCAAUGAUGAAUUGAUUCCUCAUCUGGACAGCCUCUUCAACACCAUUGCAGAACCAUAUGCACGAAUCCAAGAAGGAGGCUCUACGGGCGGCUGGUCGUCGGCCGCUAGUCUCAUCUUUCGUCCCGACCUGUUCGGUGCAUGCUUCUCCUCCUAUCCCGAUUCCCUGGACUUUCACCGGCACCAAGACAUACCCCUAUAUGAUGCCAAGAAUGCAUACACUCGACCCAACGGAAGCAGCAUCUACUCCAUCCGCGAAGUCAUCAAUGGCACUUUGACCGACGUCACGACAGUCGCGCAGGAAAACCACUGGGAACUCACAUUUGGCACCUCUUCCCGCUCCUCCGCACAAUGGGAUGUCUGGAACGCCGUCUUUGGCGCCCAGGGCUUGAACGGCUACCCUCUCGAGCCAUGGGACAAAGUGACGGGAGAAAUCUACCCCGAAGCAGUCGAAUACUGGAAAUCAAUGGACCUCUCCCACCACAUCACCUCCCACUGGAACGCCACCUCCAAAAACCUCGGCCAAGUCCUGCGCAAUCGCAUCUUCAUCUACGUCGGCAGCUGGGACAACUACUUUCUCAACGAAGGCGUCCAAGAAUUCUCCAACCGCGUCAACGCCCAAGCCGGCGCAAAUGACCCCCACUGGGCCAACAUCACCAUCCUCCCCCACCAAACCCACGGAGGCCUGUACCAACGCCGAGAACUCUGGCCCUACCUCGAAUUUCUCCUGGAAUUCAUUUCCGACCACGCACCUGACGGCCCCACCCCUCUAUCCUCCGCACUCACCCCUUCCACCGCACGAGGAAACCAAUGGAAGGAAGUCCUCGCGCACGGAGGCCGUGAAGCUGCACUCGCGAGACAGGCGGACCCGGAAGUGGAAGUGAAGCGGCGUGGGCAAGGGAGGUCGGUGGUGGAGGCGAAGAGUGUAGGACGGUGGGAUCCGGGGAUGAAAUUGAUGGCAGAGUGGAUCGUGGAUGGGGAGGUGUAUGGAAAGGAGUUUAAUGUUACACAGGGAGAAUUAGUCACUUUGGACUCGUCGAAAUUGGAAAACAACAAGAUGUGUCAAGUGCAGCUGAAAGUUGUAGGACGGAAACGGGGCUAUGUUGAGGAGACGAGGAUGAGUAAUCUCCUUGAAGUUUGA